AUGGCGAGAGGCUCAGCACCCGAAGGGAGCCCAGUUGUGCCCAGCACAGACGGAAACAUAAAUGAAAUUCAAAAGCCUGGAGAGGGUCCACCCGCUGUGCCGCAACCGGUGGACUAUACCGACCUGUAUGAGCGCAUCAAGGACAAGCCUUGCCGUGUCGUUCAGAUCAACCAGCAGCUGGAAGGGUUCAACGGCCGCCCAUUUCGGACACGGUCAGAUAUUAUAGAACGUGAGCUUGAGCCGAUACACAAGGCACAGACGUUGUCGGAGGUGCACGAAGAGCUUGACGCUGCGGGCCUUCGCCUGAAGCAGUUGGGAGUCUUUAGCCAUGUGGAGUUCGUUGCGCACGAAGAGCCGCUGGACGACCCCUCGGCUUGCACGGUCGACGUGCACCUGGAGGAGACCAACUGGUACAAGAUCCGGGCAGCGACCUACGUCGAGGACAGCGAGCGCACCUUCGAGCUGGGGGCAUCACUAACUAACGCGCUGGGAAACGCCGAGCACCUGGGCGCGAAUUUCGAGUAUGGCACCGAAAAUAGCCACACCGCCAGCGUGUCGUACAGGCAACCACGAGCGAUGGGGCUCCCCUUCCUGUUGGAGCUGCGGGGCUCCCAGUUGUUCCGCAACAACCAGAAGGCUUCCUCGUACACGGAGCAGCUCCGGGGUGCCGUGCUGGGGUUCAAGAGCUUGAACGGCCGACACACCUUGGAGUACGAGCUAGGGUGGCGGAGACUCCUAGAUCCCUCCAGGUCGGCGUCCAGGGCGGUCGUGGCGCAGAUGGGCGACUUCCUGAAAUCCGCCCUGCGCUACACGGCAGUAGCUGACCACCGCGACUUGGGGGCGGGUGGUGCAGCGGCAGCACUGGGAGGCGCGGGCUGGGCCGUCAAGUCGACGACGGAGGUAGCGGGGCUGGUACCGCCCAGCAGCAGUGGCGCCGGGGGCAGCAGCCUGGGCACUGGUGGUUAUUGCGGUGGUCCGGUGGACCUGGUGGCUAAUGUGCCCAUGGACGAUACUGGGGCGGUGGUCUUCAGUCUGGGGCUGUCUGCAGGUCUACUGUUGCCAUGGGGGGAGGGAGCUCUGUCCCGGCCCUCGUGUAUUGCGGACCGUUUCUUCCUGGGAGGGCCUUCAUCCCUCCGAGGCUUCAAGUACAAGGGUGCGGGUCCUUCCGACGUGCGGCGGCCGCCAGCGGGCACAUCCCGGGGUGAGCAGGCGCAACUUAGCGGCCGACGGGAUGCGCUAGGAGGAGACGUAUACACCUCCAUCUUUGCAUCGCUCAUGUUCCAGUUGCCGCACCCCGCACUGAAGCUGCUCAACCUGCAUGGACACGCGUUCGUGAACGGGGGCAACGUGAUGCAGCUGUCAGGCACGGGUCGCGCUCCCGCGACGUUGUUGUCCGACUUCGGUUCCACCUUCCGGUGGUCGUGUGGCACCGGCCUGGUGGUACCGACACCCUUGGGUCGCUUCGAGGCCAACUACUGCGUCAUCUUGUCGUCUCAGGAGCACGACCGGGUCCGGCGGGGAAUCCAGCUGGGUUUCGCUGCAAGCAACAUGUAG